AUGAAGUUUGCUGUAUGUAAAUUUAUCGUUCUAGCUGCUUUCCUUGAUAGAUCCUAUGGAUUUUUUGGAAUAAAUAUUAAUAGACUUAUAGGUGACGUGGACAAGAUUUUUCCUAGUUUACUAAUUUUUCCUGGUACUAAAUGGUGUGGACCUGGAAAUAUAGCUAUCAACGAUAAUGAUUUUGGUACAGAAAAUGCUACAGACGCAUGCUGUCGAGAACACGAUCAUUGUCCCGAUGUUAUAGAAGGAUUGGAAAGUAAAUAUAACUUGAACAAUCCCGACUUUCAUGCAAGGUACACGAUCUUAUCAUAUUUUUGUGAUAGAUAG